CGUCCACUCCACCAACGGCGAGCGAAAGAAGGCAUGGAAGAGGUGGGCUUGCCCUCGCGGGUGCACCAGCUCAACGUCUACUUUCGCAACCCAGAGUACCUUGCCUACCUCCAGGGCCAGUUGCGCGCCUCAAACGUGCUCGACUACUUUGCCACUUCGGAGUUUUACGAGCAAGGGUGCAACAAUGCCCUGCUCCGGCAGCAGGGCCUCCAGCUCGACGGCGUCCAAGACGACGCCGAGGCCAUGGUACGCCUCGAGGCAGGCCUCAAGAGGCUCGUGGGCAUCGAGUACGUCGUGGCCCACGCACGCACACCGGACCUGUUUGUGAUUCACAAGCGCCAGCGAAGCGGGCCAGAGGACGUGCGCGUCAUCGAGGCCUACUAUGUCCUCCACGGCGACAUCCGCAUGGCUGCCGAUCUCUACACGCUCCUAGGCUCCAGGCUGGUGAGUCUGCGGUGUACUAAGAUGCAAGAGGGAGACGGGAGAGGGGGGAGAGAAGACAAAGAAAGGAGCAAGCUCUGAUCCCAUCUUGCCAACAGCUGUCGACACUGUCGAGCCUACAGACGAGCAUGGGGCUUGCCAGGCGGGCACAGGAGCGUUUUAGUCCGCGACAAGGUCACGCCUGGAGGGUGCUGGCUGAGAGCGCAGAAAACGGCCAAGAGGAGGAGGGGAGCCACGCGGAAGACGACGCGGUUGGGUCAAAAGAGGGAGGAGCCCUCGUCGACGCCAACGUAGCGGCAAUUGCAUCGAUGGGCGAGGAGGGAGGAGGGUGAAAGAGGAGAAGGUGGGAAAGGAGCGAGAGAAAUAGUGGCAUACAUUCGCUCGCUUCGCUGCUGGGACGCUCAUUUCCCCAUUGUAAUAGUAAAGACAAGGUCAUACAUCAUUUGUAG